GUCUGUCUACUCGCGAGAUCAAAGUCGCUGCCUGCCCACGAGCUUGCGACCUACUCAAGAAACCACACUAGCUCCGGCGACCUGGUCAAGACCUCGCAGCCUACGUGCAAAUCCACCGCCAUGGCUGACUUGACAAAGUCUCUUGCUUUCUUUUCCCUCACUCCAUCUUUCUCUUCUAUGAACUGUCCUCCAAAUUGGUCUGGAUAGAAGAGAACAAACGAGACGAGAAGGCAUAUCAAAACCUACUCCUCAUCUUCCAUUUCAAACAGUUGCAUCAUCUUCCACUCCACAAAUCCAUCAUCCAUCCUCUUAAUUUAUACCAUUUCUCAAUCCUCACAAACUGCUUUACAUGAAUUUCUCUUGUUACGGCCAUGCCGUUCGACGUGACGCGACUCGGCCUCUGCCUCUGCUUCCUCCUCCCCUCCGACGCUGAAGCUGCCAGACAAAGCACCACCCCCUUCCACUCCUUAAAGCCUCCGAUUGGGAAGCCCUUCCGCCGCCGCGUCGCCUCCGCUCUCCGCUGGUUCUGCCCUCGCUGUUUCCCUCGCGACGGCGCCGGCGAAUUCCAGGAUGUCGCAGGCGCGCAUGUUCUCCCUGCGAGUCACAAGGUCGCCGGAGGAAACCCCCGGAUCUUUAGCUACUCCGAGCUUUACAUCGGCACCAAAGGGUUUAGCGACGAGGAGGUCCUCGGCAGCGGCGGGUUCGGACGCGUGUACCGCGCGGUGCUCCCCGGCGACGGAUCUGUGGUGGCCGUCAAGUGCGUCGCCCGCCGCGGCGACCGCAUCGAGAAGGCCUUCGCGGCGGAACUGGUGGCUGUCGCUCAGCUCCGCCACCGGAACCUCGUCCGCCUCUGCGGCUGGUGCGUCCACGACGACCAUCUCUUGCUCGUCUACGACUACAUGCCCAACCGCAGCCUGGACCGUCUCCUGUUCCCCCAGCCGCUGAAGGCCGGCGUCCGGCCGCUCGACUGGCCGCGCCGCAGGAGGAUCAUGCGCGGCCUCGCGGCGGCCCUCUUCUAUCUCCACGAGCAGCUCGACACGCAGAUCAUCCACCGCGACGUCAAGACCAGCAACGUUAUGCUGGACGCGGAGUUCAAUGCCCGGCUCGGCGACUUCGGCCUCGCGCGGUGGCUGGAGCACGGCGACGAGCUCGUUGAGAAAACAAUGCGUUCUUUCUCCGCCACCAACUACCAGUUCCGGCUCACGGACACCAGCCGGAUCGGCGGCACGAUAGGGUACCUCCCACCGGAGAGCUUUCAGAAGCGCAGCGGCGGGGGAUCGGCGACGGCGAAGUCGGACGUGUUCAGCUUCGGGAUUGUGGUGCUGGAGGUGGCAACCGGGCGUCGAGCCGUGGACCUCUCCUCACCGGACGACCAAAUCUUCAUGCUGGAUUGGAUCCGGCGGCUCGCCGACGACGGGCGCUGCCUCGAGGCUGGAGAUCACAGGCUUCCGGACGGCUCCUAUCCCUUGUCGGAGAUGCGGCGGUUCAUCCACCUCGGCCUCCUCUGCUCCCUCCACGACCCGCACUCACGGCCGACGAUGAAGUGGGUGAUGGAGAUCCUCUCCUCAGAGAGCGCCACCGAUCUCCCCACUCUCCCCUGUUUCAAAUCCCAGCCCCAAUACAUCUCCUUUUCUUCCUCGACCACCACCACAACCACCGCAACCACCACCACUACAUCCAACUACCUAACCGCCGGGAACACCACUCUGUUCAUAACCGCCGACAACGGAGGCGGAUCAACAGGCAGCGAGAGCCGGCGCGCCAUGAAGGCGGCGAUACCGAGCAUCGACACGCCGCGCGAGAUCCCCUACAAGGAGAUCGUGGCGAUAACCAACAAUUUCUCAGUGUCGCAGAUGGUAGCAGAGAUGGACUUCGGCACCGGCUACCGUGGCUACCUCGACAACCGCUUCCACGUGCUAGUGAAGCGGCUGGGGAUGCGCACGUGCCCGGCCCUGCGCGCGCGGUUCGCUGGCGAGCUCCGCAACCUCGCUCACCUCCGCCACCGCCACCUCGUCCAGCUGCGCGGGUGGUGCACGGAGCAGGGCGAGAUGCUGGUCGUCUACGACUUCUUCACCGGCGGCAGCAGCCUGCUCAGCCACCACCUCUUCCACCGCGCCGCAGCCCUGGACUGGCGCCGCCGCUACCACAUCGUGAAGUGCCUCGCCUCCGCCGUGCUCUACCUCCACGAAGAGUGGGAGGAGCAGGUGAUCCACCGCAACAUCACCUCCUCGGCCAUCUUCCUCGACCCCGACCGCAACCCCCGGCUAGGCGCCUUCGCGCUGGCCGAGUUCCUCUCCCGCAACGCAGAAGGACACCACGCGCCCGCCCCUCCAGCCUCGGCGCGCGGCAUAUUCGGGUACAUGUCGCCGGAGUACAUGGAAACAGGGGAGGCGACGGCGAUGGCGGACGUGUACAGCUUCGGCGUGGUGGUGCUGGAGGUGGUGAGCGGGCGGAUGGCGGUGGACCUGCGGUGGCCGGAGGUGCUUCUGGUCAAAAAGGUGUGCUUGCUGGAGUCGAGGAAGCGGCCGCUGGCGGAGCUCGCCGACCCGAAGCUCGACGGCGAGUUCGAACCAGAGGAGCUGGUGCGACUAGUGAAGCUGGGCAUCGCCUGCACGCGGUCAAGCGCGGCGUCGAGGCCGAGCAUGCGGCAGAUCGUGAGCAUAUUGGACGGCAACGACGGAUUGCUAAAAAUGUCAAGCCACAAGAAGGAGAGCAGAUCGGAUUGGGAAUCCAAGAACGCCGCCGCUCUCUCCUUCAUCAGGAGAAUCCAAGCUCUCGGAAUCCAGUAAUAUACCAUUUUCUUUGCUAAAAAUAACCCUUUGUUUUCCCUUUUUUGGUGUGUAUAAAUAGAUUUCUCGACACUUCUCUGUAUGUGAGAUUUUCCUUUUUUGGAAAAGAAAUUUAUAUCACGGUAGCAUAAGGCGAAGAAAAAUUUAGAUCAGUGAACACAGUUAGUCACCCUCAGCCUAUAAUACAAUUGAGGAAUUUCUAUGGUAUCGCAAUCCUUUCUGUCUAUCGAUCGAUCUCUUCUCGGUAA